GUCCUGACUCCAAGAUGCGGGAGGUGUGUGCAGGGUGCGACACCCCCAUCUCGGACCGGUUCCUGCUCCGUGUCAACGAGCGCUCGUGGCACGAGGCCUGUGUGAAAUGCGCCGUGUGCCUGCAGCCGCUGGCCGGGACCUGCUACUGCCGCAACCGGCAGCUCUACUGCAAGCACGACUACGAGAAGCUGUUCCAGACCAAGUGCAGCAGCUGCCUGAAGGCGAUCGCCCCCUCCGAGCUCAUCAUGAGGGUGCUGGAGAACGUCUACCACGUGCACUGCUUCUACUGCUGCGAGUGCGAGCGGCGCCUGCAGCGCGGGGACGAGUUCGUGCUCAAGGAGGGGCAGCUCCUGUGCCGCAGCGACUACGAGAAGGAGAAGGAGAUGCUGAGCGCUAUCAGCCCUGCGCCCACCGAGUCCGUGAAGAGCGAGGAUGAAGAUGGUGGCCACUCCCAUGGCAAAGGCAGCGAGGAGAGCAAGGACCACAAGCGCUCCAAGCGCCCGCGCACCAUCCUCACCACGCAGCAGCGUCGCGCCUUCAAAGCCUCCUUUGAGGUUUCCUCUAAACCCUGCAGAAAGGUAAGAGAGACCCUGGCAGCUGAGACGGGCUUGACCGUGCGGGUGGUACAGGUCUGGUUCCAGAACCAAAGAGCCAAG